AUGCGGAUGAGGGGCCAUAGUCAGAGGCAUUGUCGUGUAUCCCACCAGGGUGCGGGUAGGGGCACAACACAGCCAGCCAGCCCAGCACCUGCUACAUCUUCAGCCCCCUCUCCAGCUCGAGAACCAGAACAACUUCAUGAACCAUUCUCGGUAUUUACUCCGGUGGGUGAGCCUAUUACGGCUGCACGAGUUUAUAGGGGUUGUGUUGUUACGGCAGCUCCCGCUAGGGGUAGGGGACGUGGCCAUGCUAGGGGCUGUGGUAGGGGUAGAGCCCAGCCACCAGUAGCAACACCAGUGGCGGAGCAUCAGGUUGACCUUGGCGAGGAGGUUCCGGCCCCAGCCCAGAUAGUUCCGGCAGGCCCAGCUCAGGCUGGAGAAGGAGCCCAGACUCCUACUGCACGUACUCCGAAGCAGGUAGCUCCCCAGACUCAGAUUCCACCGGGUCAGCCAGCUGCGAUAGUUUAG